UAGCUUGAUCGGCAAAAUAGAGGUGCAUUGGAAAGUGAUCUGUGGAAGGAUUUGUAAAAGCAUUGUAAGGUUGGAAUGGAUCGUAUCUGAAUUGUCGAAUUUUCAAGAAAGGAAAGAGAUUGAUUGAAGUGAUCAGGAGAUCAGGAGAAGGAUUGGUUAAUUGCUGAUAUGAGCGGACAAGAACCGGCGAAGCUCGAUGAUGAGCAGAUUGCAGAGUUACGGGAGAUAUUCCGCUCCUUUGACCGGAACAACGAUGGUAGCUUAACACAGUUGGAACUUGAAUCGCUCCUGAGAUCGCUUGGUCUCAAACCAAGUCCGGAGCAACUCGAAGCUCUAAUACAGAAAGCCGAUAAGAACAGCAACGGCCUUGUGGAAUUCUCCGAAUUUGUAUCCCUUGUAGCGCCCGAUCUCCUCCCGGUGAAAUCACCCUAUAAUGAAGAACAGCUUCGUCAGCUAUUCCGGAUGUUCGAUCGCGAUGGAAACGGUUACAUCACAGCAGCAGAAUUGGCCCACUCCAUGGCUAAACUUGGGCAUGCUCUGACCGCAAAGGAAUUGACAGGGAUGAUCAAUGAGGCAGACACAGAUGGUGAUGGUCGGAUCAGUUUUGAGGAAUUCUCUCAGGCAAUCACCUCAGCUGCUUUUGACAACUCAUGGGUUUGAUUGAUGAAUGAAUAAAUGAAUGGAGAUCUUGGGUUUCUCUGGUCACAUUGGUGUGUUAUUUUCAUCUGUUGCUCCUUUUCUCCUUUUGACAUCAAAAUUUGUCCCCUUUCUCUAUGUUGGUUCAUUUUAGUUUAAAAAUCUUAUCGGUUUAAUUGUCUGGAAUUGAAAGGGUUAAUCGGUGUUUGCAGAGAAGGGAUUACAAGAGGUUGAACGGAUGAACUCCAUGAUGGAUGGGUGUUCAGGGCUUGUGGAUUCCAUAUUUUUUUAACGUAUUCUGUAUAUAUGUAGAGGAAGUUCUUGGUGUGGAUGUGAAUCUGAAUGUUUUAGCAUUUUCAAAUUCA